AUGCUGUCGCCCGACACACCGCAGCGCGUCGAGACCGAAGGCUGUGGCGAGGCGGCUUGUUUGUCGCCGGUAGAGCGGGGUAAGGCUGUGGCCGUGGCUGCCCCCUUGCACUACCGCCACUCCGUCAAGGUCAUGCUGAAAUCCGGGGUGAACAGCACGGCUUCGGACUCGCAGAGAGAGACAUCACCCCCUUCGGAGAAGCCCAGGGUGAUGGUGCAGGGAGAGGCAUCACCCCCUUCGGAGAAGCCCAGGGUGAUGGUGCAGGGAGAGGCGUCAGCCCCUUCGGAGAAGCUCAGCGUGGUGGAACAGGGAGAGGCGUCAUCCCCUGUGGAGACGCCCAGGGUGGUGGUGUACUCCCAGACACCACAGGGCCCUCUCAAUCUUUGCCAGGAAGAGUGGCCCACUCUCGAACAAGCCUACGUACUCGAGCGACUGGAGCUCAUGCGGAUGGCUACGGUGAGGCAGAGACGAAUAAAACCCAUGGUUAUCGUGUACCCCCAGCUUGGAGGGGGAGCCGUUAAAUCUUCUAAGGGCUACUCCUUGCCUAAUGCUGCUGCACUUGCUUCUCUGCGAUGGAAGGCGCCACAAACAACAAGUGGGGUAGCAGAAGCUGGACAGCACAGCGGAACUGUGCCACCGACAACCACUGAAGGAAAGUGAAUGGAGAGCAUUGAUCUGAGAUGGUGGCAGCUGCUUUGUGAAUGGACUAAAGACUGUGGCUGCAAUGUGAAGAAUGGACUAAAGACUGUGGCUGCAAUGUGAAGAAUGGACUAAAGACUGUGGCUGCAAUGUGAAGAAUGGACUAAAGACUGUGGCUGCAAUGUGAAGAAUGGACUAAAGACUGUGGCUGCAAUGUGAAGAAUGGACUAAAGACUGUGGCUGCAAUGUGAAGAAUGGACUAAAGACUGUGGCUGCAAUGUGAAGAAUGGACUAAAGACUGUGGCUGCAAUGUGAAGAAUGGACUAAAGACUGUGGCUGCAAUGUGAAGAAUGGACUAAAGACUGUGGCUGCAAUGUGAAGAAUGGACUAAAGACUGUGGCUGCAAUGUGAAGAAUGGACUAAAGACUGUGGCUGCAAUGUGAAGAAUGGACUAAAGACUGUGGCUGCAAUGUGAAGAAUGGACUAAAGACUGUGGCUGCAAUGUGAAGAAUGCAUAUCAUGCCGAAUGUAGUAAUCACAAAUGGGUGACAACACUUUAGUUUGACAGCUAUUUCCAUUAUGACAAGAGCUCUGCUGAGAUGUGUGGACAGUGAGACCAGAUUUUAAGAUUACUUUUAAUAAAAGCAAAGAUUCUUAAUUCUUUCAUUAUUCAGCUAAAACUGGAGAAUUGCCUGUUUUGAGUCCUGUUCGUAAAAUUAUAUACAGUGUACAGUAUUGCUACAGUGACAAGACAAAGUACAUGGUGCUGACUGCCAUAUGACAAUCAAAAAGUAAAGUCAAAUUCUAAAAUUGUUAGUCACAAAGUUGAAGAUCAGGAAAUGUCUGGCUCUGACUUGAAAUUAAAUGCACACGCAGUGUUGAAUUAGAUUCAUUGCAAGAAAAGGUAAGACUCUUAGGCCAGUUAUAAACAAAAACAAAUAUACUGAUCUCAUUAGUAUUUACAAAUAUUAGUUCAUCUGCCAGAAAGAUUAAGUGUGAUGAAAUUAUUAUACUUUGUUGCCUACACCACAAGAACUUCAGUUAAGCAUAUUUAGACCACAAACUCUAAGUAGGUACAAUUUACACUCCUCCAAAUACUUUAGUGACAAGUGGUUCCCUGAAAUUGAACUCAAUUUUGGGAACACACAACAUUCACUUCUACACUACAUACAUAUACAUGGAUGUGCAUGGAUGUACUGCCAGUCUCAGAAAUGUAUGGACCUACUGAUGUAGCAGAUGAACAAUGAGACAAUGUUAGA